GCGAGUAUGAGUUUGGGAUGAGCGUGGCGCCCAUGAUUUCCGAGGUCAGUAGACCGGCACACGGCAGCCAGUGCGACGACCGAAUAGCAAGCUUUUCGUUCUUCCAGGUCUGGUACGAGUUGGUUUUGGGCUUAAGAGCCUUGAUAUACAGCGUGCUGUGCACCCAGUCGUGCCACCAACCAAUCGACGAGUCUGAACGCACUUCCUCGUACUGUUUCUCUAGCGAUCUUUGGGCAUAAAAUAGUCUGGCUGCGACAGAUGGCUCGCUCACAGCAGGCUCCACAGAGUGAGUACUGUGGUACUCGACGUCGACAACGACCUUAUCUUCCUUCAUUGCGGGUAGGACGGAUAAGCUGCGGAUCUUAUAUUCUGAUUUUUUUAGCAUCAAGAUAAGCAGCCUGCAAGCCACCGUUAUCAGCUUAUCUGAGAUCUUUUUUGCAUUUUCGAAAUUCGGCUACACAUUCGCGGAUGCACUAAGCAAUCAACCAGUGCUAAUUGUCUCUUAUCAGCCUGAGAACCGUUCCUGCCGGUGCACCAAUCACAAGAAAUCCCUCUCAACAUCUCUGGUAACCACAGAACCCGCCCCGAGUAUGCCCUGGCAGAAUGAGUGCGUUGGCAGCUGUCCGGCAGUUGUCCCCGAUAAUUACCCUGCGAGAAGGUUCCACACCUUCGCCGCCGCGAUUUGCGUGCAGCGGAUGGUGCGAAGUGGUGAUGCAUGGAUUCGGGCCGAUAUUGCAACUGUCGCCGAUGAUAAUCAGCGACGUGUCCAGAAUCACUGCGUGGGUGUCUACGCAGAGAUUAUCGCCAGCAAGCUGUUGAAGCCGUAUUCGCGGCUGAAGGGGGUUUCCAUGAGUGGAUUGAACCCGCUGUUGCCUAAAGGAUUCUUUGUGAGAGCUGCGGGUGCAGUUUUCAGCUUUUUGAGAGAUUCAUGAUCUUUCGGUUACAUCUGUUGUAGUCGAGAGCAUUAGCUGGCCUGGCCACCUCAAACCCAGCAAUUUCGAGCGGCUUGACCAUCAUGUCGCACACCAUGCGAGAGAUAAUUUUGUCAUAUAGGGGCGUGGCAGGGGCUUUUUGAAUAGUUUUGAGUGCAAGACCUAUGAGCUCGUGGUUGAGCGUAAUUCUCAAGCUAUUUAUUGUUGUUCACCGCCACGCAGAACCGGAUUCCCUCCCCCGCCAUUAG